AUGUUUGCUCAAUUAUAUAUUAUAUAUAUUUUCUUUUUGGUUUCAGCUGUAGUAGGAAUACCUGUAGUAAAUUUACAAAAUCAAUCUUUUAGCACUGAUGGUCUUGUAUCCACUAGGCCUAAAUGCACUGAUCCUAAUAAUGCUAAAUAUAAAAGCUCCGUUUGCGCUACAAGGAAAUCAGUGAGGGUUUCAUGUGAAUCUUAUAAUAAUCCAGGCACAGCUGUAGACACUAAUUUUAGCUGUGGAGAUGGCGAAUCCUGUGUUGAUAUUGACUCAAAUGAUGCAUUCUGUGUUGACGAUAAAAGUGCUCAAUUAUGGGAAAAUAAUCAAAAUUUUGAAAGAGUAUGUUCAGCAUCUGUUUUAUUAACGCCACCACAAGAGACUUUUCAACUUGUAGCUGGAAUGACAACAUAUUCAACAACUGGGGAUCCAAUACAAGUACUUUCGCUAGAAGUAAGAUAUGACGAUAACGAUUCAGAUGACUUUGUAUUACAAGAAAAUAAUUACAGCCUCACUAUUAAACAAGAAAAUUUUUCUCGUAAAAUAAGUUUCUGCUUCUUUGCAGGCACUCAAGAGAAAGUACAAGCUGCAGCUUCUCUAGCGUAUGUUUUAAUGUGA